UGACUGGUUAUCGGGCCUUUGUAUCUCCGAAUGAAGUGGCAAGCUCUAUCAAAGAUCGCGUGAAGAGAAACGCUAGAUCAAAUUCUCUUAGCUCGAUGGUGUCAAAUAAAAAUAUUGCUGACACGCCUGCAGUGACAGAAGAGAUGUUUGUAUUUCACCAAUUGUUUGUAUUUCACCAAUUGUUUGUAUGUAAAAGUAAAAGUGUUUGCCACUGAUCAAGUUACUUUCGCGGAAGGCCAUGGAUUUCGCCAAGACAGGCUUAUUUUUUGCUCUUGUAGUCAACAUUCAGCCUGUUCGUUCGGCAGCAAGCUACACAGUGUUUAGUCCUAGUAGUGUUACAAUACCAGCUACAACUAAGACGUUGUAUAAACUUAACAGUAAAGUCAACUGUGUUCCAGCGUCAUUAAGCGACAUUUGCACCUGUCUCGUAGAUGUCAACAAUGGACCUUUUGCGACGUUCUGGCUCAAUACAGACGAUGGAUACUAUGUGUAUUACGACGCCAGCGUAAACCUAACCCCUGGUACAACGUACCCAGUUCGAGUCACAUGCAAGGAGAGCAACAACAACGUCAUUAAUAGACGAACUCUUAACGUGAUAGCAUCCAGCAACACAGCGCCUACAUUUUCUCCUACGAGCGCCACAGUGACCGUGACUGCAACAAGUACACCCCAGUACAGCAACAUUUACACCGUGGCCUACACGGAUGCCGACGGUGACGCCAUCUUGUUUUCUUCCAGUUCCACACCAUCAAGCGGGUACUUCACAGUUGGUGCAGCGGACGGCACAGUGCGGACCGCCAUCGACCUUCAAGCUGCCACAACAUUGAGCCACAAGGUGAGCAUCUCAGCAACGGAUUCGUUCAACACGGUCAACUCUGCCUUCGUUCUUUACGUGGAAAUAGUGGGAUUUAAUACAGCACCGGACAUGACCAGUCUUCCGGCAACCGUGAGUUUAUCAGAAGACGCAACAGCCGGUCGCAUCAUAGUAAAUCUUGGAGUCACCGAUGACUCCGGAUCAAGUCUAACCCCUGUCUGCACGAGUGGGUCAUCUGCCGAUGACUCCAAGUUUACUUACGACCAAUUGAGCGGCUCGCUGGUCGUGGCCUAUAACGGCGCCUUUGACUACGAGACCAAGUCUUCAUACACGAUCACCUGCACAGUCACUGACGGCUACCUGUCCAGUACGAAAAUUCUCAACUUGAUCGUCGCUAAUGUUAACGAGAUCCCAAAGUUUGAUAAAACAGAGUACUUCUGUCAGCUGGACGAAGGGACUGCAGGUUCCUCGUCCUGUCAACUCAAUGCUGUCAUCACAGACCCGGAGGACGGCACUCCGAGAUCUGUUUACUUCCUGGCCACAAACAACGGCAACAGAUUCAGCUAUGUCAGUGACACGGUAACCAUGACGACCAGCUACGACCUUGACCAAGCAGGACUGCCAACAGAUACUGUUGUCUACCUGGCCGCAGUGGACAGCGGUGGUCUAACGAGUACAGCAACAGUCAAGAUCCACGUCAACGACAUCAAUGACAACUCGUGCAGGACCGAUAGCCUGAAAUUAUACCAGUUGGAUUCUUCAAGCAUUCUGAAAAAGUUAGGAGCUUUCAGCCAGUCAGACAGUGAUGUCACGUCCCCCAACAAUCAAGUUCACUUUGAGCUCACGUCUGCUACACCUUCUUCUGCGACUGACCACAUCUACGUCACGAGAAAUGGCGCUAUAUUUUACUCAAAUAUUUUUAGCGCAAGUGACGAGGGUCAAAAGUUCACGGUGACAGUCCAGUGUGUAGAUGAAGGGUCACCUCGGACCACGUCUACUGCCACGGUCCUUGUGUACUAUGCUGAGACUACGACCACCACAACUACCACGCUGGCAACAACCACAACAACCACUAGCACUACUGCAGCAACGAGAGACAUUUGGGACUAUCCGGAGUUUCGGGCCUUGUUUGGAGCUUUCAUGGCGUUUUUAGGUUUACUGCUACUACUGGCCUUGACCUACUUAUGCUGGAAGUACCUUAGUCACUGCAAGACUUACAGACCACCACAUACACCAGCGAGAAAGGUUGAGCCGUACAGAGAACCAAGCCCCCGACGUCCCCCUGCCCUCACACACCGGCCGGCCAUCACUAGCAACUGGGACAACAUGGCUUGGAGUCUUAAAGGAGGCCACGGUACGCUAGGCAAGGCGCACUAUUUCCACUACCACUGAGGUCACUCUGCAAUGACAAAUUUGAAGGGACCUUGUGAUUGACAUCAAAAACAUCAAUGCAGUAGGAUAAAUCCAGUCGGAAACUCAAUAUUUUUGCUGCAAAAUUUAAACAUGAACUAUCCUGUGAUGUACUCUCCUGUGAUGAACUCUCCUGUGUUGAACCAUCCUAUUAUGAACUCUCCUGUGAUGAACUCUCCUGUGAUCAACUCUCCUGUGAUCAACUGUCCUAGGAUGAACUGUUUUAAGAGAAAGUAAUCGCAUGAUAAUCUGUUCUGAAAUUAUA